AUGACAGUCUACCCUAUCACUUCCAAACCUACCUUCCCCGAAAAUGCGGGAACGAGGGAAUACGCAGCAUCUCUCGAUGCGGCAGACCCUCUGGCCACUUUUCGCGACAAAUUCAUCGUUCCUUCAAAAGCAAACAUAAACCACAAGAAACUUGCAAAGCCUGGUCUCUCGUCAGAGCCAUGCAUUUACUUCUGCGGCAAUUCCUUGGGCAUUCAGCCAAAAGCAACGGCACGAUUUCUAGAAGCACAGUUGGACACAUGGUCGUCUAUCGGGGUUUCGGGCCACUUUGUAGACCUCGAAGACUCUCCACUAAGACAGUGGCAACUGUUAUCAGAGCAAGCGGCCGGAUCGAUGUGCAAAAUCGUUGGAGCCAAACCUGAAGAAGUCGCAGCUAUGGGAACACUGACGACGAACCUGCACCUGCUUCUCGCAAGUUUCUACAAGCCGACUGCCACCAGGCACAAGAUUCUAAUGGACUGGAAGGCGUUUCCCAGCGAUCAUUACGCCAUCGAAUCUCACAUCGCCUGGCAUGAUCUAGACCCCAACAAGUCCAUGGUCCUCAUUGGGCCUGAUGAGGGCGAAUAUGAGAUAUCCACAGAGAAGAUUCUGUCAUACAUUGACCAACACGCCGAUGAUGCGGCUGUCAUUCUUCUUCCCGGCAUCCAGUACUACACUGGCCAGCUUUUUGACAUCCCAAGAAUCACAGAAUAUGCGCAGUCUCGUAAUAUCAUCGUUGGAUGGGACCUGGCCCACGCGUUCGCCAACGUCGAGCUGAAACUCCACGACUGGAACGUGGACUUUGCUGCCUGGUGCACAUACAAAUACGGCAAUUCUGGCCCUGGCACGAUGGGCGGCCUUUUCGUACACGAGCGACAUGGACAGGUUGAUUACAGCAAAGGCGAAGAUGCGCCCAGCUUCCGCCAUCGUCUGACAGGAUGGUACGGCGGCGACCGGUCCGUGAGGUUCAAGAUGGACAACAAGUUCAAGCCAAUCCCCGGAGCCGGGGGAUUCCAAAUAUCGAACCCCUCUGCCAUCGAUCUGACGGCCCUCUGUGCUGCGCUGAGCGUUUUCGAUGAAACGUCCAUGACUGAGCUUCGCAAGAAAUCCGUAAUGCUGACGGCCUAUCUCGAGCAUCUGUUGUUGGAAGGCACAUCAGAUGAAACACGUCCAUUCAGCAUCAUCACUCCAUCAAAUCAUGAGGCCAGAGGGGCCCAGUUGAGUCUAUUGCUCAAGCCUGGGUUACUGCAGGGUGUUUCGAAAAAGCUGCAAGAAGCGGCUGUGGUCUGCGACAAGCGAGAGCCAGGUGUUGUUCGUGUCGCUCCUGUGCCGCUUUAUAAUACUUUCUCUGAGGUGUGGACAUUUGUGCAACAGUUCAAGAGUGCCCUGGAGUGAAGGGGACCAUGUCAAUGGUUUGUUUGAUUGUAUUAUUCGGCGAGCAUCGUGGGUUGGGCAGACAUGAAGUCGCCUGACAUUCCAUAUCACUUAUGAGCAUGAUUAGUAUAAUCCAUAAUGCAUGAUGAUAC